UUGUUCAACAUUCUAAACGCUUCCCCGCGAUAAAGUUACUCUCCUACAUUCUCCGUUUAACUGGAACUUUACUCAUCUUUUCUUACGCUACCAGACCACAUUCAAUAGCCAAUGGAAUCAGUUGAUGGAACAUUAGGCCAUUGAGGACAUAUCUCGCAGACGAGCUGUUAGCAGUGCUGUUUUAUAAUCUUAGUCUAGAACGUAUUAGUGAAAAAAUAGCAUUUAUUCGACUUCGUGAAAGACGCACCAAUUAAAGUCAAUUCAGUAUCAUUUGUGUUUGCCGGCAGUGCAGUAUUUUGAUAAGAAGAAAAAGCUGUGUAGUUAAAACAAGGCUGCAAAUUGCUGAGAGAAUUCCUUCGUGGCCAGAUUGUUUACGUUUUCAUUUCUCUUUCAUACUCGAAUUCCACGUCAAGAUGAGCAGUUCCAGUGACAUCUAUGUGCGUAUACUAGAUGCACCCACAAAUUGUGAUCGUGUGUCUCGGCUAAAAGAAUACUUCGUGAACGCGUUCAACCGUAAUCCAGACUUCAUUGUACGUUGCAGCGGAAGAGUUAACAUCAUUGGCGAACAUGUUGACUAUUGCGGUUAUCCGGUGCUACCGGUGGCAGUUGAACAAACUAUCCUUCUGGCGGUAGCCUCAUCUGAUGAUAAUCUAAUUCACGUAAAGAACAUUGAUACCAAGUACAAAUCAUUCAAGUGUAAUGUAAAUACAUUCUGCAUUGAGGCAGUACAAUCUGGUGGUCCAGAAUGGUACAAAUAUUUUCUUUGUGGAAUCAAAGGUAUCCUAGAAUACGCGAAACCUGCCAAUACCAAAGGAAUGAUGGUCGUUUUGUCGGGAAAUAUCCCUGCUGCCUCGGGUCUAUCAAGCUCAAGUGCCAUUGUAAGCGCAUCUGUGCUUGGUACAGCAUACUUAUACAGUCUACCUCUUGAAAAACAAACCUUAGCAACGAUUUCGGCUGAUUGCGAGCAAUAUAUUGGUACUCAAGGUGGAGGUAUGGAUCAAGCAAUCGCAUACUUAGCGAAGCAAGGAUGUGCUCAAUUCAUCGAAUGGAAUCCGCUAAGAGCCACAUCGGUGAUUCUUCCGAAAAAUGCCAUUUUCGUUAUUGCCAACAGUUUGACACAAGCAAACAAAGCUGCAACGUCCGACUUCAACGAACGUGUUGUGGAAUGUAGAUUGGCAUGUCGCCUUUUAGCCAAAAAGAUGAAAUUAAACUGGCGAGACUCCUGGAGGUUUGCCGAUUUACAAGCAGCACUAAAUUUCACUUUGGAGGAAAUGGAAAUACUAGUGAAAAACAAUUUGCCACAAUUGGUAUAUAGUAGACAAGAACUAUUGGAAAUUUUUGAAACUAAGCUCGACGAUUUCGUCGAAAACUUACUUACAGCCAACACUCGUGAUGUUCAAUUUUUCAAACUAAGACAAAGAGCAUUACACGUUUUUCAAGAAUCCUUGCGUGUCAAGACGUUCAUUGAAGUGGCCACGCAGCAAGCUGAAGGAUCCAUCAACUUGAUGAAACAGCUCAUGAGACAAUCGCAUGAAAGUCUUAAAACAUUGUAUGAAUGUUCUCAUCCGAAUUUGGACAAGUUAGUUGAGCUCUCGGAUUCUGUUGGAGUUGGUGCACGCCUUACUGGAGCAGGUUGGGGAGGUUGUAUUGUGGCGCUAUGCGAUGGGACUGAAGAAAGUAUUCAGUACAUAAAUAUGCUUAAGCAGUCUUACUAUGCCAGUCAUUCACAAGUAAGCGGCAAAAACUUGGACGAACUAGUCUUUGCAACGAGUCCACAACGAGGCGCCGAAAUUUAUAUUUUUGAUACAGCUAGAAGCGUAAUUGGAUGAGAACUGUUCCAAAUCGACUUAUUCUAGUUACCAAUGCCAUUACUUUCUCAGUACAAUGGACUCAGGCAGUGAAACAAUUUAUUAGCAAUAAUCAAUAAUAAUAAUAAUAAUAUUCAUAGAUCGUACAAAACGCAUAGUAAAAAGUUAUAGUUUAUUCAUUGAAACACAAGAGGCUUUCUAUUUAAGUCAAAACUAGAAACAAUCUUACUCUUCAGCAUACACAAAAAUUAGAGAACAAUUGUAAUUUUUGUCGUGAAUGGCAUGAUUGUGAACAUUCAUAUGUAUGAUUUUAUCGAUCACGAUUCGAACGGUUCAUGCAUUAAUCUACUUCCAAUUUCUAAUUUUCCAUCAUGCCCGCUCAAUCUUGUAAAUCUACUAACAAAAACUGUUUCAGAUCCACCUAGAAGUGUGAUAGUGCCAUUCUCUUACCAUAUAAAUUUUCACAUUAAACAAUUUUAUAAUAAUACAUAAUCGGUCAUUUCACAGAAAAAAAUUAUGAAUAUUACAGGUGCCAGAAUUCUACAAACGAUACAAUUCACAACUACUUAAUUUUUCAAAUGACGCAAUAUUCCACUCGCACAGAAUUUUACACGCUCCGAAUGUAAUUUGCACUCGGCUACCAAGUGCCGCUGUAUGGAUUUAUAUGUAUCAAUUAUUCAAUGCAUGAGCUCUGUGGUUCAGUCGAGUAACCGAUGUACUUGUGAUCUAAUGUUUCUCGGUUCAAGUCGCGCUACUGCUAAAGAUCUUUUGUUCUUUAUUUCGUUCGUAUUCAAGUCAUGUAAUUUUCAAAUCACAAAAUUUUACAUGUUCUUGAAUAAAAAUUUGUGUGAAAUACGACACUCCAUUUAUGUGCAUCUUAUAAGAUGUAAAAUUACAAGAUUUUUUCGAACUGUGUAGUAUUGGGAUCAUUGGGAUCAAAUAACCUAAUACCCAGUGAAAUUUGUCGACCCACAUAAGUCCGAUCAUCGGUCCGAUUAUCAGACCGAUUGAGCACGAUAUGGGGCUGAUCGUAGUGCUAAAAAUCGACCUAAAAAAAUUUAUGUUUACAUUAUGUAUCGCUAUAAGAACAGAGCGAAGGAACAUCUAACAAGGAAUUUUCGAGUCGACGUCUCCCGGAUAGGGUGUGGAAAUACAUUCUUUUGUUUCGAUCAUAGAGACUUUAACCUUAAGGUCAUUCGACUCUUGGGGCCAGAAAAACUCUGGCCCUAUGUUCGGAGUUGGAAAUCCAACCCCGAUAUAUCCCAUCCCCUGAGUAUCAGACAUCCGCUCUCUGCUUUGGUAUUUCUUCACUUAUUUGUUCUACCGAUACACUAUGUAAGCUCGAAACGCAAUCAAAAGCUUUCUUGCACGAUGCGUCCGAAGUUUGGAUUUACUGGAUAGUAGCAUUGAAACGAAUCUAUAAGUCUUUCAAAAUCGAGUCAGCCAUCACGACUCAGGUUCUUGAUCAAUGACCACAUUGCAGCUUUUAAAUAAGCCAAGUUUAUUAAAAUUCGUUGACUCAUCUUCGAGAAAAUCUAGCUGAUGAAAAAUGUGUUAUUCGGUCACGUCACUUUUCUCCGAAAAGUUCGUGCAGAAAAUAUAAAAGUGCGUUUUCUUCUGUUACGUCACAUUAUAUCCCCGGAAGCAGAGGUGAUAGCCAUUUGAACUUCGAAAUUGAUCAAGAGUUUAACAGUAGCUUGCAAACGAAUCUAAACAUGUUCAAAUCAAUUCAGCCAUCUUCGAGAAAAUUAGGUUUUGUCGUUUUCGUCACUUUUACCACUAUACCUCCGGAACCAGAAGUGAUAACAAUUUUAUCUUCUAACUUGGUGAAAGACCCAAUUGCAGCUUCCAAAUUAACCUAAGCUUGUAUGUACUGUAAGUUUGUAUGUAUUGUAAGCUUGUGUGUAUUGGUAUAUAACACUAGGGAUCGCCGGAGCUCCGAUCAAAAGUAGGAUUUUCCAGCAAUUCUAUCACCGUUUUUAGCAGAAAGGCAAAACAUGUCACAAUGAAUUAAGGGUUUCCAUUAAUAAUUUACUUGAUUUGCGAUGCAGUUUACAUGGAUUUGAAUGAUUUCUUUGGAUAAACCUGUUUUAAUCCACUUGGUGGUGUAAUGAUGCCUAUCUCAUAUCUCCCAUAUUAUCAUACAGGGUCCGUCAUGUAACUUUUUUUUAAACAUGCAAUAAAACACAAACGGUUCAUCCGAUUUCAAAAUUUAUUUUUUCAUAUUAAAGUACAAUCCUUCCGGUUAAGUGUGGAAUAUAAUUUCAUUCAAAUUGCUGCCUAGGCUGGCCUUGCAGUACGGUCGGUCCAGUUUAUUAGUACAUUUUCGAUUGUAUGCAGGCUUGAAUUCAAGGCUUGAAUUGUCUCUGGCUUGUCCACAUAACACGUAUCUUUGACAGCCCCCAAAGAUAAUAGUCUAGCGUUGGCUGUGUGACACGGAGCGCCGUCUUGUUGGAUCCAAAUGGUGUCCAAGUCUUCCUCUUCAAGUAACGGGGAGAACCAAUCGCUAAUCAUGACCGUGGCAGCGGCUCCUGCCUCAUUUUCGAAGUAAAAUAGCCCAAUGAUGCCGCCAUACCAAAAUCCGCACCAAACCGUCACUCUCUGAGGAUUCAUCAGCUUCUCCAUGAUAACGUGCGGGUUUUCCGUCCCUCAGAUGCGACAGUUUUACUUAUUAACAUACCCGUCGAGAUGAAAAUGUGCCUUGAUUUUCAAAGUAAAACUGCACUAUUUUCACGCGUUCCUCAAGUAUAUACACAACCAUUUUCGUUCAGCGGAAGGAUAAAACUGAGUUUCUGUCAAAUCAGAAGUGACAUUAAGGUUACCAAUGUCGAAAUAACCGAUAGUUAAAAAAAAUGUUAGAUGGCGGACCCUGUAUAUGAAUGUGUGGUAUUUUUCAAUUUUCUUUGAUUCUAGAAAAAUAAAAAGGUUUGUCCAUAAACUAGUAUAACCUACAGAGUGAAACAGUACUCAGGUCAGUUAUGCCUUUUUCGAGGAAACGUAGUUCCACUAUUGCAGGUCCUUCCGAAACCGGAAUCCUUUUUUAAGUCUAUGGCUACAAUCUCCGAUCGUUAAUCGAAUACCAGGAACAAGGAAAACCGAAAUUAAUUUGUUUGGCCGUCUACUGACAAUGAUUACCGAUUGGAAUAGUUUUGAUGCAAGUUUAGAAAAUAUUUUACGUUUUUUAUUUCUCCACUUUUAGUGACAGUAUAAAUAUUUGAAUAAGCUUCACCCUGUAAUUCCGGAAUAACGACUCAUUAACAUAAACUGCAACGCACUGAUAAUUCAAAACCGAAACGUAACAUUAAUUUGAAAAUGGGUAUGUGCACCUAGCAUUAAUUUUGGGUUCCGGAGAUAUGAUGGCACGAGUGAUGUAACUGACAAAACGUGUUGUUUUUUUUUUGCAGCGCAAGUUUCUCUGAGAUGGCUGAACCGAUUUUAACAAGCCUAGAUCUAUUUGAAAGCUAUUGUUAGACCAUUGAUCAAGUCCGAAAAUCAAAUGGCUGUGACUUUUGGUUCCGGAGAUAUGAUGAUAUAAGUGACAUAACCGACGAAACGUGUUAUUUUUUUACCGCACAAUUUUCUCAGUGAUGACUGAACCAAUUUUAAUAAGCUUAGGCUUGUUUGAAAGCUACUGUUUGGCCAUUGAUCAAGUUCGAAGAUCAAAUGAAAAGUGUAAGAGGUGGAAUUUGUGCUACUUACCGAGAGUUGCCAAAUAAGUUCUCAGUCACAAUGAAACAUAAUGUUUGUUUCAAUGCACAAUUUGUUGAUGUUUUUGCCAUUCAACAUUUAUGACCAAAGAUUGGCAUUCGAUGAUCAAAACGAAAAUAUAGAAUUCAAUAUUGUUUAAACUCACUAUAUCUACUUAAAAUCUACGUGCUUCUAGAUAUUUGUGGUGAUGUUGAGCAUUGUGCUUAUUGAAAACGUGCGCGCCUUAAAUAUGUUGUCCGACAUUAAAAGUAAUAUACUUUUUUUCCGUCAAUUUAUUCGAAAUGUGUUUAGAUAGAUUUUUUGUGAUUAAUAGUAGUUGUUCAUAUAGCAAAUUCAAAAUAUUUGAUCAAACGCUAUGAAUAAAAAUGCAUUUCUUGAAAUUUCAUGAAUAUUUCAUUCACUGGUCAUAAUGGUAGCCAUCUACAUGAGUUUUUCCUUGCAUACACUACCGUGACAAAGUGUACAAAUAUUCUCUUCGGUAGAGAGAAUGUACCUUCCAAAACGAAACAAGUUUGUUUCGCAUUUUUAUAUUUAUUCUACUUAUUGAUUUAAUAUCGUUAUUCGGAAAAAUGUACGGAAGCUUUCAACCGACACUGUAUUUGUAUUUCUUUGUUGAAUCACAACGAGUGUGGUAACCGUUAUGAAAUCAUUACUUAACAUUCUAUUGUAGUUUGUAACUUUUCGUUGUCACAUUUUGUUACGGUGACCAGUUGGAAAGUUACGUCGGAACUUAUUGUAAGUUAACAUGAUGAGAUGUAAAUUCGUAACAUUAUUUUUAUUUCAUUGUCACCAGCAUGAUACGACUUAAUUCGUCAAGUCUGUCAUGCGACCAUUAUGUAGCAUCUUUUAAUUUUAUUUUUUACCUUUCAUAUAUAUAGGUUAUGCAAUCACUGUGAACCGAGACCCGGAGGGCCGAGUGUCAUAUACCAUUCGACUCAGUUCGUCGAGUACGCAUAAUGUCUGUGUGUGUAUAUCUGUAUGUAUGUGUAUGUGCGUAUGUGUGUAUGUAACGUUUUUUUGCACUAACUUUUCUCGAAGAUGGCUGAACCGAUUUUUACAAACUUAGAUUCAAAUGAAAGGUUUUGUGGUCCCAUACAGAAUUCCUGAAUAUUAUUUGGAUUUGACUCCCGGUUUCGGAAUUAUGUGCAAAAAAAAAUGUGAAAGUAAGUGCACCAACUUUUUUCGGAGAUGGCUGAACCGAUUUCCAAAAAAUUAAAUUCAAAUAAAAGCUCUUUAGGUCCGAUACUAAUUCCUGAAUUUCAUUUUGAUCUGACUUCCGGUUCCGAAGUUAUGGGGUAAAAUGUGCAAAAAAAUAAAAAUAUGUUUUCUAGCUUUUCUCAUAGAUGGCGCGACCGAUUUUGGUCAAACUUGUCGUAAAUGAAAGGUUUCCCCGUCACCCUGAACACUAUUGAAUGGUUAUGAGAUCGGAUAUUUACUGUUUGAGUUAUACGAAAUUUUAUGUCGAAAUUUCCAGUUUUUUUGACCAUAUCUGUCACAAUUGACCUUGAAAACAGAAUAUGUUUUCAGAAUUAGAUUCCGGUGAUAGCUACCCAACAAACCAUAGAUUAUUAUCCAUUUUUAACGGAGAUAUAGAUUUUUUCGUGUGAGCGACUUUUCGCCUUUUUCCAGUAGUAAGAGUUUUUAGCACUGUAUGACAAAGCAAUGUUUGGGAGCAACGUGAAACACGAUUUUUAUACUGUUACAUACAAUUGUUUCUAAGUAUCAAAAAGGUUAUGUACAGCAUCCAUCUUCAUAACAUUUUGCCUCGGACCGAUUUUAGAAAGGUUCGUUUUUGACAACAUAAUCGUUCGAAUACGUAAACAAGAUGAUAGCCGCAUUUUCGAGUUGAAAGCAAUUACAUAACUAUAUUGAUUUAAACUACUUACAGCAGUGAAUACUGGAAGAACAUAACACCCAUAUACCAUUCGAAUCAGUUCGUCGAGGUCAGCAAAUGCUUGUAUGACAAAUAAUUUCACUCCAUUUUCUCGGAGAUGACUCAACCGUUUUCUACAAACUAAGAUUCAUAUGAAAAGUCGUAUGCUCCCAAACAAGGAUCCUGAAUUACGCUUAGAUCCGACUACUGGUUCCGGAACUACAGGAUAUGUGAAACGAAAUUUAAAUAAUGUAACUUAUUUUUCUCGCAGAUGGCUGAACUGAUCAAAGAUUCGAAUGAAAUCUAAAAACCACCUAAGAUUCAAAUGAAAGGUUUUAAGAUCCUAUAAAAUUUCUUACUUUUUAGUUAAAAAUGUCCAUUCCACAUAAAUUAAUCAGGUUCAUCGGGUUUGCAAAAUUGGAUAGUCGAUAACCAAAUAAACUUAUUUCAGUUUUAGAGGUAUUCAGUUUUCGAUUCGGAAUGUAUCCAAAAAAUUAUUUCGCACUACGAUUUCUCAAGGAUGUCUACAUUGAUUUUCAAACUUUUUAAAUCAAAUGUAAACUAUACAUCUCCUCAGGUGAAUUUAACUGACUUCGGCUACAUCGAUUUUCGAAUUCCGGUUCUAGUAUUUAAUCGUUUUUCACAGCUCAAUCGUUCUCUAAAAACAGGUCAAAUUGAAUUUAUUGAUAAAAAAGGUCAAACACUGCUAGGUGGAUUAAGCACGUUUUUAUGAACACGUUACAGGUGCUAUUUGGGUGAAAAUAUCAAAAGUCGAUAAUAAAAAUAAUAAUAAAAGAUAAUAAAAAAUAUCAUAAAGGUCAUUUGGCAUACGGGGGUAGAUCGGACGAACCGGUGGAUUAAUGGUUUGCUUCCAUGGGGUCGCAUUGUCCGGGUUGGCGGUUCGUAGCAUAAGGCACUGGUCUUACAAACCAGUUGUCGUAUGUUCGAGCCCCGACCUGGAAGGAUUCGUAGUGUCAGUAGAAUCGUAGCACCAGCCAUGCAAUGGUUCUGUACACUUUGAAUCGGCUGCGAAAUCUGUUGAAACAGAAGUUCAAAUUCCACUACAGGAAUGUAAUAACAAGGCUUUUUGCAUGCGGUCGCCGCUUCCGUCAUACCGAAAACACAUGGAUAACAGGUUUCCUUGCUAGAGACAGUCGUUUUCGAUUAGUGAUUGGACUACUCGGACUGCGUUACCUGCGACUGGUUACCUUGUCUUCGUUGUUACAUAAAAAAAGAAAAUAAAAAAUGCGGGGUUCAGGAAUAGUCCCUAGCUUUGGAUAUACCAGACAAGCGACGGCUGACUCAGUCGGUGUCGCUUCGGUGGCUUAGUGCCACCCAACCUUCUUAGCUUCGUUUAUGUGGCUGCGCAAUUAUUUAUGUCUAUUUAUAGGAAUUUCCGUGAAACAGUUGAGUUAAUAAUUGUGAUUCGUCUGAAUAUCUUUAUGCCACAUGACCUUUAUGCCAAAUGGUAUAUAUGCCAAAUGUAUAUGUCAAAUGAUCUUUAUGCAAAUUGGCCGUAUGCCUAAUGACCGUCGGCGAAAUGACCGUACAUCGUCAAUUACAUUUUCUGUGGCUCUAUUAGAACUUUUGUUCAUAAUGACGGUUUUGCUGCAGACGUUCUGCAAACGAUUCGAGUCGAACACAGUAUGUAACCGUGGCUAAUGACGAACAGAUUUGACCAGAGGGAAUGAUGAAGUACUAUCCUAAGGGCCAACAUCUGCUCUGCUGAAGAAGCAAGGAUCUAGCAUUCGAUUUUGCUUAUGACAGAAUUCGUCUAUGGGUACCGCAUGAGUAGGAGAAAUUUCUUGCAACGAUUUUAUUUAAGCAUCAGCACCCAUACCUGUUCGACACACCAAUCAGAAGUGGUUUCAAUCAACUGCUCUUUCAAACGACGCAACAAGCACCUCGCCUCCGAUAGUUUCUACCACGAGCUCCUAACCGGAACAUUCUCAUAUUCUCUAUUCAUAAUGAUUGGCUAGGCACGCAGCCAUAGUCAAAUGUUCAUAAAACUAAUUUAUUGCAUUUUUCAAAUAUUACAUACUGA